UCGCCUGCCCCCGCGCCGCGCCGCGACGCGCACCCCGCCUCCCAACCCCACACCACACGCCCCUAAUCGCCAUGGACGCCGCCGGCGGGGGAGGCGCCGUUGUGGCGGGCGGCGGCGCCGACGAAGCAGACGCCGCCUUCUUCUCCCGGCGCGGGCACCGCUGCUGCGGCUGCUUCUGGGCACCGCCGUGGGCGGCGGCCUCCUCGCCGUCCCAGUCCCCGCGCGCGCGCCGCGCGGAACCGGCGGACGAGGAGUGGUGGCACCGCGUCGGGGACGGGGCGGCGUCGGGCCGGCGCCGGUGGUGGCGGCGCGGGGUGGACGCGCUGAUGAAGGUGCGGGAGUGGUCGGAGCUGGUGGCCGGCCCGCGGUGGAAGACCUUCAUCCGCCGGCUCCGGUUCCGCCGCGGCGGCCCCCGCCACGGGGCCGGCAGCGGGAAGCUCAAUUACGACCCGCUCAGCUACGCGCUCAACUUCGACGAGGGCCACGCCGCCGCCGCCGGCGGCGGACCCGAGGGCGGCGACUACGCGGGGUACCUCGACUUCUCCGCGCGCUUCGUCGCGCCGCCGCCGGCCUCCGCCAAGUCAUCCAUGGACCUCGGCGGCCGCGACGCGCCGCCGCUGUUCCUCCACCAGGCGCACUCCCCGCGCACGCCCCCGGCCGCGGCGAGGGGCUGACGUCGGCGCGGCGCCCGGCGUAACCGCCGGCCCUGGCUUCCGUGCCAUUAAUGGGGCGGUGCAGGCGAUAAGGGGGGAGGGGAGGCCGUCGCUUUCGUCCUCUCGGUCGUCCAGUUGUGUUGCUUUUUUGCUUGUGAUGAUGAUGGAGGAUGGUGUCCAUAGGGAGGUCCUUAUUAAAUUUCUUUUUUUUCUUGUCUUUUUUCGCGUGUGAUUUUUGUAAAAUAGAUUGCUACUCUAUACCGUCCAAAAUUGUCACCAUAGCCAUAGAAAUUGUUCAUUCUUGGAGGAAGAGAUGAAACAAGCACAGAGCAUCAUGUUCUAUGAUCAUCCACUGUCAGAAAUUGAGGUGUAGUAGUUUAAGAUGUCAUCA